AUGCGUGACCGCAUGGACAUAUUGGUCGGUAAAAGCCAGCUGCUCUUAACGUGGAUGCAAAUAAACGGUAGCCGUGAAACGAGGCUGCACCGGCCGCACAGCCCAACCUCCCGUAGGGUAUCGGUGAUAAGGUGGCGGCGCAGAGUUUCGGAACAUCCGCCACAGCAGGAGCAGAAGGGACGGAUAUCAAGUAACGUCCCUGAAGUCAACUCUACGCACAAGCACGGCUGGACGCGUAGCCUUCUCAAGACGCCUAUUCAAUCCAUGAAUGACGAAUCAUACCAUUCCAUCAUGGCAUCGGUAUGCGCAUUCACGAACUGGCCCGUUCGCGAGUAUAUGGGCGCCUUGGAAAGACAACAGUCUUUUUUCAGCGUCAAUCCGAGCUUUCAGAAGGAAACCCAUACCAUUUACAAUAUCAGUGACCUACCGGUACCACGGGCAUGGCCCAUCGUAGGAUUUGGGGAAUAG